AUGACGUGCGGCCGCCGAAUCCAGUUCGAGGGUAACGAUGCUGAUUACAUUCAAUUCCUUGAAGCGCGAGUUCUCCAUUUGGAGAACAUUUUUCUCCGGUCAUCUCCUCAUCAAGACCGCGGUCGAAACAAUCAUUUCACAGGGAUCCAAGGGGAUUUGAGCCAAGCCAACCAUAUGUGUGGUGUAGCCGAGGGCAGCAGAAGGCAAAUUAGUGAAUCAAGCAGCAGUAUCCAAGAAGAAGGGUUGGGAGACGAAACGAGGCUAGCAUUCUCAGGCCGAAGAGCUAGCCAGGAUGACAGCAACACAGGUGGCAGCACAUUUGAAAUCAUCGAGUUCCGUCCAUCAUACGAUAUAAAUCUCAAUUCGAAGAAAAGAACAAGAGAUACGCCGGGCCAGGGCGCAAAGGGCCAGCUUCAGAUACUCUCCAGUUUCACAUCCUUUGUCCGAAAUCUACCCCAGUCGAGCACAUGGAAAAAGUGGAUUUCUGUGUGUGAUCCAAAACGUGCAGCGCUUCUUCGUGGGUUAGUACAGGGCUUUGCUCCAUCUGAUGAGCCCAAGGUGAUGCUCAAUAAGACAUCCAAGUGUACAACGAUUUCUAUUCUGCACGAGUACGUCGCUUUGACAGCUGUCGAAAGCAAAGAUGACGUGUAUGAGUCCAUGCGGGAGGUUUUUGGAUCCGAUGCCUAUUCAAAACGGUUCGAGGCGCUAAUUCGUGGUGCAAAAUGGGUUAAUAAAGCCAUAUCUCUUUUAUCUCAAACCAGGUGGGAUUUACGAAGCUGGGACAUUUUUCUUGUUGGAUAUACAUACACAAAAGUCGAGUCACAUCGUGCUCUCUUCAAUGAUGCCUUCCAACCAUCGUAUCGGCCUGAAGAGUUUUCAUGGAGCACAGGCACCGAUCUAUCGGAUAUCUCCGCUGUUGAAAAUCAACAUACGACGAGGGCGUCGAGGCCAAUCGCAACGGCCGGAGCCACCACCGAUGGCGAGUAUCAAAGGACAUCGAAUCAAUUUCAAGGCCGACCAACACCGGGAGUGCCCCAAUCGGAAAAUGAGUUUGACGGGUUAUUCAGAAAUAUGCCUAGCUUGCCAGGCAGUAUAGAUGGCCAAGCCCAUCCGGUGGAUCCCGAACCCGGUGAACCUACAACAGUGGGCGACAACCUUGAGAUGAACAACCCAUGGCUCAACACAUACCUUAACCCUCAACCCAGCAGGUCAGCGCCACGGAUAGGGAGCUUUGGUAGAGGCGAGGCGUGGUUCAGCACAUACCCGAAUCCACACCUCAGCGAGGCAGGCAGCCUUGGGACAAGCGAUGUGUGGUUCAGCACAUACCCAAAUCCGCAGCUCGGAGAGUCGGCGCCACAGGGAGGAAGCUUCGGUACAGGCGAGGCGUGGUUCAGCACAUACCUUAAUCCACACCUCGGCGAGGCAGGCAGCCUUGGGACAAGCGAUGUGUGGUUCAGCACAUACCCAAAUCCGCAGCUCGGAGAGUCGACGCCACAGGGAGGGGGCUUCGGUACAGGCGAGGCGUGGUUCAGCACAUACCAAAACUCUUAG